AUGUCCAAUAGUUCAAUAGAAGGAAGACUGAAAGGUUUGCAAGAACGCUUACAAAAUGAAAUGCGUACACGGAGAGAUGGUGGUUUACAAAACCAAGGUGGUCUCGGGACACCUAAGUCUGCAGGCCGGAAACCUAGACCCCUAUUCACAUCUAAAGACAUACCAUUUCCACCAAGAUCACCACAAGCAACAGAGACCGAGUUCCGUAUGCGAGAGGUGUACAAGGUGAGCGGCAAACUGAAUGUGGAAGGUGCGGAGUAUCGCUCCAGUAUAGAUGACCUUCAACACAUGGGCGAGCUAGGCAGUGGCACCUGUGGACAUGUUGUUAAGAUGCUUCACAAGCCUUCUGGCGCUGUCAUAGCUGUUAAGCAAAUGCGCCGUUCAGGGAACUCAGAAGAAACUAAACGCAUCCUCAUGGACCUGGACGUGGUGGUGCGCUCACACGACUGUCCCUACAUCGUGCGCUGUCUCGGCUGCUUCGUGACGGACGCCGACGUGUGGAUAUGCAUGGAGCUGAUGGCAUCAUGUUUCGACAAGUUAUUGAAGCGGCUAGGCGGUCCAAUACCCGAGACUAUACUUGGGAAAGUCACUGUUGCAACGGUGAAAGCGUUAUCUUAUUUGAAAGAGACGCACGGCGUGAUCCAUCGGGACGUGAAACCAAGUAAUAUCCUGCUGGACGAGCGUGGAAACGUGAAGUUGUGCGACUUUGGUAUCAGCGGCCGCUUAGUCGACUCCAAGGCCAAGACAAGGAGUGCGGGAUGUGCAGCCUAUAUGGCACCGGAGCGGAUAGACCCGCCUGACCCGAGCAGACCGGACUACGACAUCCGGGCAGACGUUUGGUCACUUGGAAUUUCAUUAGUGGAACUCGCCACUGGCGUUUUUCCCUACAGAAACUGUCAGAAUGACUUCGAGGUUCUUACGAGGGUGAUCGCGGACGAUCCGCCGCAGCUGCCUGAUACGAGCGACUUCACGCCUGAAUUCAAGUCGUUUGUAUCUCAAUGUCUCACGAAAAACUACAGACAGCGGCCGAAGUACCCUAAACUGCUGGAGCACCCGUUUGUGGUGAAGUCGUCCCGUAGCCCGGUGUCGGUGGAGGAGUGGUACGCAUCGCUGGGCAAGUGCGGCGCGCCCCCCUCCCCUGCGUCGCCCCCCUCGCCCGCGUCGCCUGCCUCACCCGCCAACGGGUACUCGGGCCCGUCCACGCCGCAGCCCGUGCGCAACUUCGUCACCAGCUCGAACCACUGGACGCCUGAGCAAAUCACUCCCACGCCUGGACGUGCGAGAUGGGCGUCGCCCUCGAAUGCGGGAGGCAGUAGUUCCCAGCCAACGAGUUUAGAGGCAGACUUCUUAAAUCACUCCCCUUACCCAAGACGAAGAACGAUAGAGGCGUGCGCGUCGCCGCCGCCCCCUCCGGUUCGGAGAGUUUCCGCCGAGAACCGCUGGAGGGCGUCACCUGCGAGUUCUGGCAAUACUAGUCCUAUAGUGCUGCAAAGGUUCUAUCAUCAGAGCCAACAAAGGAGGUCCAGAGUCGAUCUUCACUCCACACCGAGACAUAGAAGUUUGAGCAGAGAACACAGCACAGGAAGAUCUCCGGAGCCACCACCGAGAACGAGUCGGCACCACAAUAUGUUAGGACAUGAUGUGAACGGCAGCUCGGAACUAGAACCGCCACCGAUACACGAACGGUUACAUCCUCCCUCGCCUUUAUUGCUUAAUGACAGACUGUCAGAAGGCCGUAGUCAGAGUCUCACUCGAGCGGAGCUUCGAAACGGCUUCCGUACGGAAAUCCCCGCACCGCACAAGCACCAUGAUGACCAGGGCUGGCUGCACUCGCUGGCCGGGCUGCUGAAGCGCCGGCUGAGCGGCUACGUCAAGUGGCACCAUCUUGCAGCGCGCCACCACCACCACCAGCAUCCGCUGCACAGAUGGGGUACGAGCGAGAGCUGGAGUGUUCCCGCGUCUCCCCUGCCCCCGCGGGCGCCUCCCCCGCGCCCCGCCGAUUAA